GUCUGUCUCAUUUCAUCCCGUGGCUCUGUUUCUGCUUCAUAGGCCUCACUCUCACCAUCCGCUUCUUUUUCUGCUCCCUAGCCAUUGCCAAACACCGAAUCUCUCUUCAUGGCUUCCCUCGUCGAAUCUGGCUGGCUGGUUCUUUCUGCAUAGGUUUGGGGGAAAUGUCAGGCAGAUCUUUUGUUCACUGCGAGUAGUUAAUUUCAAGAAGCUAUUUGAUCACACAUUUCAGUGACUUUCAGCUGGCAUGUCUAGGAAGCUUUUUUAUUCAUGAAAGUGUUUUCUUCUUAUCUGGACUUCCUUUUAUAUAUCUUGAAAGGGCAGGUUGGCUGAGCAAAUACAAGAUUCAGACCAAAAACAACAGUCCUGCAGCUCAGGAGAAAUGCAUUACUCGACUACUUUUGUAUCAUCUUGGUGUCAAUCUACCAGUUAUGCUACUUUCCUACCCUGUCUUCAAACACAUGGGCAUGCGAAGUAGUCUUCCAUUGCCGUCCUGGAAAGUAGUUCUAACACAGAUAAUUUUCUAUUUCAUCCUGGAAGAUUUUGUAUUCUACUGGGGUCAUCGGAUUCUACAUACAAAAUGGCUGUACAAGAAUGUGCAUAGCGUCCACCAUGAAUAUGCCACACCAUUUGGACUGACAUCUGAAUAUGCUCACCCUGCUGAGAUACUCUUUCUUGGAUUUGCUACUAUUAUUGGUCCUGCCAUCACUGGUCCCCAUCUGAUGACUUUGUGGUUAUGGAUGGUGCUAAGAGUUCUGGAGACAAUUGAAGCACACUGUGGUUACCACUUUCCAUGGAGCCUUUCCAACUUCAUACCUUUGUAUGGGGGUGCCGAUUUCCAUGACUAUCACCACCGGUUGCUAUAUACUAAAUCUGGGAACUACUCAUCUACUUUUGUCUAUAUGGACUGGAUAUUUGGCACUGAUAAAGGUUACAGAAAGUUGAAGGCGUUGAAGAAUACUGGAGUGGAUGAUGGCGUCAAGCAAAUGAAAUAUUAGAGGAAUUUUUUUUAGAGAAAAAAAAUUAGCAUGACAUGAGAAAAUGGGUUUUGAUAUACAGUGCCUUGUGUCCCCUGCCUUUUCUUGUGUUCAACCGGGCUUUUAUGUUUAGUUAAUGUUCAUGUUACAGCGUGUGGUUAUGUAGAUCAGCGGAAAGCUUUCUGUGGACAUUCUGUAUCCACCGGUUCCCUGCAUGAAAGAAGUUGAUGCCCCAUUUUAUGCUU